GCAGGCCCCUCUCCCUCCCUCACCUCCUGGUUCCCGCCUGCCCCCGCAGGGGUGGCCCUAGCUUCCCGCUUCCUGGACGGUUCACUCUCCUGCACCCAUUUUGUCUCCUCCUGAUCUCAGCGGAUGGUCCCUUCCUCAGGGAAGCCCUCCCUGGUUAGGCCAAGCUCUACUCCCCUUCAUACAGCCCCGUAUCACCGUCGGCCUUUCAGGGUCACUUUUUACAAGUGCUUACUCCGGGACACGGUAACCUUAUUAACAAGCCUGGCCGCGAGCUCGUAGCUCGAUAACUAAUUGCGGAAGAAACGGACUGAGCAGCUGCCCAACCACUCCUUGCCCCUCCCCCUAGGGCUGCGGGGCGACUAUUACGCAUUAAGCAGGCGCCGCGGAGAGGGAGAUCCCACGGCGCCUGCGCGAAGGGGCACGCAUGCGCAGAAGGACGAGCCCGCUGACAGAUUCGCGGCGGCGGCGGCGGUGGCCCUGGCCCUGGACUGCGGGGAAUGGGAGUCCUAGGUCUCUGAGCGCCGCCCCCGCCUCCCUGCCCCCGACAUGGCUCAGGAGAAGAUGGAGCUAGACCUGGAGUUGCCUCCGGGUACUGGCGGGAGCCCGGCGGAGGGCGGCGGCAGUGGCGCCGGCGGGGGCCUCAGGAGGUCUAACAGCGCCCCCCUGAUCCACGGCCUCAGUGACACUUCGCCGGUGUUCCAGGCCGAGGCGCCGAGCGCCAGGCGGAACAGCACAACGUUCCAGAACCGCCACGGCCUGCUCCUGCCGGCCUCCCCCGUCCGCAUGCACAGCAGCCGCUUGCACCAGAUCAAGCAGGAGGAGGGCAUGGACUUGAUCAACCGAGAGACCGUCCAUGAGCGCGAGGUGCAGAACGCAAUGCAGAUAAGCCACUCCUGGGAGGAAAGUUUCAGCCUGAGUGACAACGACGUGGAGAAGUCCGCCUCCCCGAAGCGCAUCGAUUUCAUUCCGGUGUCCCCAGCGCCGUCGCCCACCCGGGGGAUCGGGAAGCAGUGUUUUUCACCCUCCUUGCAAAGUUUUGUGAGUAGCAACGGAUUGCCUCCGAGCCCCAUUCCCAGCCCAACGACUCGAUUUACUACCCGGAGAAGCCAGAGUCCCAUCAAUUGCAUUAGACCAAGUGUUCUUGGACCAUUGAAAAGAAAAUGUGAAAUGGAAACUGAGUAUCAGCCAAAGAGAUUUUUCCAGGGCAUCACCAACAUGCUUUCUUCUGACGUUGCACAGCUGUCAGAUCCGGGCGUGUGUGUAUCGUCGGAUACCCUCGACGGAAACAGCAGCAGUGCGGGAUCGUCGUGUAACUCACCAGCGAAAGUCAGCACUACCACCGACUCUCCUGUGUCGCCUGCCCAAGCGGCCUCUCCAUUUAUUCCAGUAGAUGAACUUUCAUCUAAGUGAUUCACCCACCCAUCCUGAGACUCGGUUUUUUUGUUCGUUUGUUUUCUGUUUUGUUUUUGUUCUGCAACGGAGAGGAAAAAAAAAAUCAAGUCGGAGCAAGCACUGAACUUUGUCAAUUAAUUUGAGGCUAUUUCCUAUUUGACCCUCUUCCUUUUUUUUGAAAUUUCCUGAAAUGUUGUUACUCUAUAGAACUUUUAUGUCAGGUUCCUGCAGAUGCCCUUGAAUUCAGUGUAGUAAUAUUUUCAGACGUUUUCCAAUAAGUGUGUUGAAGCAUACGUCUUUAUGCUGCUAAUAUGUUUAAAUACAUAUGUUAUCCCUUGAUUUUUUAAAAUAAUUGAGAGCUCUAUUUAUUUAUGGGAUUAUUAAGUUCUGAUGCAAAUAUAAAUGUUGAAUUAAUCAGCAUAGUAAACUGAUGUUUUAAAAUUCCAUAUUUCAUGCCCACACUAAUUUUUAAUGUUAUUUUUCAGUGAUUGCUAAUUUCUAUUUGACGAAGACCUUAGCUGUUUACAGCGAUUUUUAAAAAAUAUGUUAGUCAUAACAUAUCGAUCUAGUGGUUGUCUGUUUUAUCCAGGAAUCCUUGGGUAUUUAAUUUUCUGGGUACACAAGUGGCUGGGAGGGGGAAUGAUAAAAGAACAAAAUAUGAAAGUUUGCAACAAAUCUUUUUAAAUUAACUAUAUAAACUAAACACUGAAACGCAUUUUCUAAUGAAAUUUUAAUAUUAAUUCUAAUAAGUUGUCCAAAUAGAACUCCAGGAAAGUUUAAGAAAACCAUUUUUUAAACCAGAAAGUGCAUUCUCUUGGGUAUAAUCCUGAAGGAAAAUGGGACAGUGCCUUGCAGUCUUGGCCCAUUCUACAUAGGCUGAGACCAGGUUCUUUGUACCACCUCAAACUUGAAAGUUUCUCAGAUGCAGAAAAUGUGGGAAGCCCUGUUGGACUUCAUCAGAGCACCCCGGCAGAUAAGUCUCUCAAUCACUGAUAUGCUUUAAAAUAUCCAGUUGUGCCUCAGUGAAAAAUCCUUGCCAACGAGGAGCCAAAGCAGCUUUUGGCUGCUUUUCUGCUCUGCCCAUCUGUCACCUUCCUGGUUUUCCCUGGCUCAGGAAGGAAGCAGCUGUUUCCUUGCCAACAGGUCCUUCCUCUCCAGCUCCCAUCAAACUAGGGCACCAUCGGUUAGACAGAGGUACGGUGUGACUUGGAUUUCUGACAGUGUGCAACAACAGAACUGUGGAAUUGUUGCAGGAACCUGUGUAGUUAAAGCCAGAGCUGGAGUUGACUGCCUUGGGGAUUGCUGAUUGAUUAAGGGUCAGUGACUUGCAAGAGAAAAUCAGUGGAGAGUCACAUAGGUAGAUCAUUAUUUAACUUAGAUUUUAUUAAAGGUAGAAUUGUAAAAUGUUCUUUUCUUUGCCUUUUACAACUAAGACAACAUACAGAAAUAUUUAAUAUCAAAUGUUUUUAUAUCAUGCUUCCUAUAUCUUCCUUUAUUAGAUAGAUAGAAUGGCAGACAAAAGGGGAAGGGGAAGAAGUAAAAGAGAGACCAAGAUAAAAAGCUCCAGCUUUCUAAGUUACUGCUUAUAGAGAUUUUAACAAUUAUGUGGAAUUUUUACAACUGAGAAUAAAUGGAACUGGUCAGCUUUUGAAA